AAUAAUGUGAUUCGGCCGAACUUCUCUUGCGUGAUGCGUGAGGGGAAGAUCCACUACCGGAGUGGCCAAGUAGUGCUCUGCUCUCGGAGGGCUGAUCCGCGAUCUCGCUUGAUCUUCUUCGAUGGCAAGUUCGUCGUCCUCCUCCUCGAGCUUUUCGCUGAUCGCUUUCUUCCUACUCCUCCUCCUGCCGGAAUGCCGCUGUAGAACGGUGAAGAGAGAUGUGAAAGCAUUGAAUGAGAUCAAGGCAUCACUUGGAUGGAGAGUAGUCUAUGCAUGGGUGGGAGAUGAUCCUUGUGGAGAUGGUGCUCUCCCCCCAUGGUCUGGAGUUACAUGUUCUCGACAAGGAGAUUACAGGGUCGUGACUGAAUUGGAAGUUUAUGCAGUCUCAAUAGUUGGUCCUUUUCCCUUGGCAGUUACAAAUCUUUUGGAUUUGACAAAACUGGACCUUCAUAACAACAAAUUGACUGGGCCCAUCCCUCCUCAGAUUGGCCGAUUGAAACGUCUAAAAAUACUGAACUUGAGAUGGAAUAAGCUGCAAGAUGUCAUUCCCUCUGAAAUUGGUGAAUUGAAGAGACUGACGCAUUUGUAUCUGAGCUUCAACAAUUUUAAAGGGGAAAUCCCUGUGGAGCUUGCAAAUCUAUCAGAACUUCGGUAUCUCUAUCUCCAUGACAACCGACUCUCAGGAAAAGUUCCUCCAGAACUGGGAAAUCUCAAGAACUUACGCCACCUGGAUGUUAGUGACAACCACCUGUCUGGAACUAUAAGGGAUAUAAUCCAUAAUGGUGAGGGUUUCCCUGCUCUCCGCAACUUGUACGUCAAUAAUAACCAAUUGACUGGAGAGUUACCUGAUCAAAUUUCAAAUUUGACCGACCUGGAAAUAUUAUACGUAUCAUACAACAAAAUGAGUGGGCAGGUGACUCCCAAAAUCGUCGAAAUUCCUAGAUUAACCUACUUGUACCUGGAUCAUAAUGCAUUUACGGGUAAGCUACCAGAUGGAUUAUACAAGCAUCCGUUCUUGAAAGAACUGUAUAUUGAGGAUAAUCAAUUCAAGCCUGGUACGAAGCAAAAGGGAACACACAAGACGAUCGAACUGUCAGACACAGAAUUUCUGUUUUAGCCAGGUUGUGUUUGAUCAAUCAUCAACUAACAAGUUAUUGUAAUAAGGUACGAGUCUUAUAAGAGGAUCAACAUGUUUGCAUGUUUAUGAAUUAGACUCUUAAAAGGAUUAUAUAUACACUUGGGGUUAAUUA